GCUCUUUUCGCGGCCGGGCCCCAGCAUGGCUGCCCCCAGGGCUCAGGGCUGGGGAGCCGCGGCACUCUCGCUUUCCUGAUAAUCCCGGGCUUCUGUGCUCACCUUGUCUUCCUCGGGCCACCCCAGCAGUCAUGUUUGCCAAGGGCUUUCGGGUCAAGUCCAACACGGCCAUCAAGGGGUCAGACAGGAGAAAGCUUCGGGCUGAUGUGACAGCUGCUUUCCCCACCCUUGGAACCGAUCAGGUCUCUGAUUUAGUACCUGGAAAGGAGGAGCUCAACAUUGUGAAGCUGUAUGCUCACAAAGGGGAUGCAGUGACUGUGUACGUGAGUGGCGGUAACCCCAUCCUAUUUGAACUGGAGAAAAAUCUAUAUCCAACAGUGUACACCCUAUGGUCCUAUCCCGAUCUUCUACCGACUUUUACAACAUGGCCUCUCGUACUCGAAAAAUUGAUGGGGGGAGCAGAUUUGAUGCUGCCAGGACUAGUGGUGCCUGCUGCUGGUCUGCCUCAGGUACAGAAAGGCGACCUCUGUGCCAUUGCCUUGGUGGGGAACAGAGCCCCCAUAGCGAUCGGAGUCGCUGCCAUGUCCACAGCUGAGAUGCUGACUUCAGGCCUGAAGGGAAGGGGCUUCUCUGUACUGCACACUUACCAGGACCACUUGUGGCAAUCUGGGGACAAGUCCUCUCCACCUUCCAUUGCUCCACUGGCACUGGAUCCCACAGAUCUCAGUGAAGACAAGGGGUCUGUCCAGGUGGACCCCACCCUGCAGGAGGAUGUGAGGCGCCUGACCCUGGAGGGAGAGGAGGAGAUUGGGGAGGUUCAUCAGGCGUGUGGGGAGAAGUCCCUCUCAGAAGCCUCAGAAGACACCAGUGCUGGGGCCCCAAACCAAGACUCCACAGACAGCAAAACGCUUCGAGAGCAAAUGGAUGAACUGUUACAACGAUGCUUCUUGCAUGCUCUGAAGUGCCGAGUCAAAAAGGCUGACCUGCCUUUACUCACCAGCACUUUUCUUGGCAGCCACAUGUUCUCCUGCUGCCCUGAAGGACGACAGCUGGACAUAAAGAAGUCAAGCUACAGAAAGCUCUCUAAGUUCCUGCAGCACAUGCAGCAGGAGCAGGUUAUACAGGUGAAGGAGCUGAGCAAAGGGGUGGAGAGCGUUGUGGCUGUGGACUGGAAACACCCGAGGAUCACAUCUUUCGUCAUACCCGAGCCCUCCCCGAGCUCCCCGACUAUCCAGGAGGGUAGCAGGGGACAGCCCUAUCACCCUCCAGAUAUAAAAUCCCUCUACUGUGUCCCAGCCAGCAUGACCCUGCUCUUCCAGGAGUCUGGCCACAAGAAGGGGAGCAUGCUCGAGGGCAGCGAGGUCCGAAUGAUCAUCAUUAACUACGCCAAGAAAAAUGACCUGGUUGAUGCAGACAACAAAAAUCUUGUGAAAUUAGAUCCCAUCCUAUGUGACUGCAUCUUAGAGAAGAAUGAACAGCACACAGUCAUGAAACUUCCAUGGGACAGUCUCCUGACCAGAUGUUUGGAAAAAUUGCAGCCUGCCUAUCAAGUGACCUUUCCUGGGCAAGAUCCCGUUGUCAAAAAAGGGAAAAUCUGUCCAAUUGACAUCACCCUAGCACAGAGAGCUUCUAAUAAAAAGGUGACCUUGGUCCGGAACUUGGAAGCCUAUGGUCUGGAGCCAUGCUCAGUGGCUGCCAUCCUCCAGCAGCGAUGCCAAGCUAGCACCACUGUCACUCCUGUCCCUGGGACCAAGGACAGCCUGCAGGUGCAGAUCCAGGGAAACCAGAUCCACCACCUCAGCUGGCUACUGCUAGAAGAGUAUCGGCUCCCUCGAAAACACAUCCAAGGCCUAGAAAAGGCCCCCAAACCCAGCAAGAAGAAGUGACAGACUCUGUUUCAUGUGCUGGAUCCAGUGGAAAUCCAAGCUCUAGGCUGGUAAUUUAUAUGAGCAUUUUCAGCUUUUGCAAAUAAAAAAUAUAAUUCUUUACCAAAAUAAAUUUU